GGGAGCGAGUGUGGUGGCCUGGGGAAGGAUAUACUGGAGACAGAGAUACAGCAAGGGGGAAACAUUACAGCCUCAGCACGGGAAAGGAAAAGAUCUGGAUCCUGGCUGGGGAGGGGGAAGGAUAUAACACCCCCUCCCACCCACCCACCUCGGUACAACACAGCCAGCUUCAGCGACCCUUGUGGAUAUUUACAGGAGGGGCUGGAGCAGGGAUCAACAGUCUCCUGAACGCACCACGAGAGGGGCGUCGCCAUGAACAAGCUGAGACAGAGUCUGCGACGGAAGAAACAGCCGUAUGUGCCGGAGGCCAGUCGGCCGCACCAGUGGCAGGCGGAUGAGGAGGCCGUCCGGAAGGGCAAGUGCAGCUUCCCGGUCAGGUACCUGGGUCACGUGGAAGUGGAGGAGUCGCGUGGGAUGCACGUUUGUGAAGAUGCAGUGCAGAAGCUCAAAGCCAUGGGAAAGAAGUCAGUGAAGGCCAUGCUGUGGGUGUCUGCGGAUGGACUGAGAGUGGUGGACGAUAAGACUAAGGACCUUAUCGUGGACCAGACCAUUGAGAAGGUCUCGUUCUGCGCUCCGGACCGUAACUACGACAAAGCCUUUUCCUACAUUUGCCGUGAUGGGACCACACGACGGUGGAUCUGUCACUGUUUCAUGGCUCUGAAAGAUUCGGGGGAGCGUCUCAGCCACGCGGUGGGCUGUGCGUUUGCCGCCUGCCUGGAGCGGAAGCAGCGACGGGAGAAGGAGUGCGGCGUCACGGCUUCCUUCGAUGCCAGUCGGACGAGCUUCACUCGGGAAGGCUCCUUCAGGGUCACCGCGACCUCCCAGCAUGCCGAGCGAGAGGACACCAUGAAGCAACUGCAGGACAAGACAAAAGCCGAGACGGCGGUGACAGGGAGCCCGGUGCCAGGGUCAGGGGGCCCCCCACCCCCCAGCAGCUCCCCCCCGCAGGGAGAGGGCUCUCCUGUCGACAAGAGUGACCCGAGUUACCAGCAUGCCAUCCCGCGGCGCCAUGCCCCCCUGGAGCAGCUGGUCAGGCAGGGCUCCUUCCGAGGCUUCCCGGCCCUCAGUCAGAAAAACUCUCCCUUCAAGAGGCAGCUCUCCCUCCGCCUGAACGAGCUACCCUCCACCCUCCAGAGGAAGACCACCGACUUCCAGAUCAAGAGCCCGGUGCCUGAGUUUGACUCCUCCCCCACCACUGAGCCGGAGAAUAUCAGUGCUGCCUGUUCACAGACUGACCCCUCCCUGAACAAACCUCCCUCUGAUCCAUUCUACACCGCACCGGCUACCGGCUCCAUCCCACCGACUGCUCCCACACUACUUCCCAGCGUACCUCAGGGGAAUGGAGGAGGAGGAGGAGGAGGCUGGGGAGACAUAUCCACAGUGACAGCAGGUAACUCCACCUUCCAGCCGGGCCAUCGGAGGACUCCCUCAGAGGCUGAGCGCUGGCUGCAGGAGGUGGCGAAGACAGCCCGGGCCCAGCAGCAGCAGCAGCAGCAGCCUCCCUCAGCCCCGCUGGCUCCCACCGCCAUCCCGGUUCCCACCGGCCUCCCAGCCUCGGCGAGCCCUUUCAUCGGCACGGCUGCCCCCGUCAACCUGUUCGGACCACCACCCGCCUUCGUGACCUACGCCCCCGGCCUGACCAACGGCACGCCCUCCCCUUACCCGGCCCCCAGCGUACCCGUGGUGGGAAUCACCCCCUCGCAGAUGGUGGCCAACGUCUUCGGCAGCGCCCAGCAGGCCCCACUUAGCAACCAGGGCUUCUCCGGCAGAGCUGCCCCAUUCGCGCCCGCUUUCGGCAUCACUGCAUCAUCUACCGGCGCCACCGUGACCCAGCACCAGGCCAGGCCCCCACGACCUCUCGGAGGGGCGUCAGUCCCCAGCCGCUCUGGAGUCACCAUGGGCCCUGGGGCCUGGCCCCCUGAACCCUCUGGCCAAGAGGCUGACCAAUUCGAGGCCCAAUGGGCCGCACUGGAAGCCAAAUCCCAGGCCCGGCUUGGGGCUGCUCUACCGACCAACCCCUUUUCUACCGACUUACAGAAAACAUUCGAGAUCCAGCUCUAAAGGAGCCAGAGGAUGAGUUUCUAUUUUCUAAACAAAAACAUAAUGAAGAAAGGACUCUUCGGACCGAACUGUAUAACCACUAAGAAACAUUUGUAUUUUUCGUUUGAGAAGUGCCACGCUUGAGGUGGUGAUGG